AUGCGCAUUACUGAGGAGUCGAACAACAGGACUACUACUACUACGACUACUACUACUACUACUACUACUACUACUACUACUACUACUACUACUACUACUACUACUACUACUACUACUACUACUACUACUACUACUACUACUACUACUACUACUACUACUACUACUACUACUACUACUACUACUACUACUACUACUACUACUACUACUACUACUACUACUACUACUACUACUACUACUACUACUACUACUACUACUACUACUACUACUACUACUACUACUACUACUACUACUACUACUACUACUACUACUACUACUACUACUACUACUACUACUACUACUACUACUACUACUACUACUACUACUACUACUACUACUACUACUACUACUACUACUACUACUACUACUACUACUACUACUACUACUACUACUACUACUACUACUACUACUACUACUACUACUACUACUACUACUACUACUACUACUACUACUACUACUACUACUACUACUACUACUACUACUACUACUACUACUACUACUACUACUACUACUACUACUACUACUACUACUACUACUACUACUACUACUACUACUACUACUACUACUACUACUACUACUACUACUACUACUACUACUACUACUACUACUACUACUACUACUACUACUACUACUACUACUACUACUACUACUCAAAAUAAUUCAAACACUGAUUUUGUAGCACACGGAUUUGCUUUUAAUUUGAUCGAAAAAUGA